UCGUUAGUUAAAACACGAACGCCUUACGGCAUGGACGGCACGGACGAGAAGAAGGCGGCAGCAACGGUGUCGCAGAGCGCUCACGAUGAGAUCGACUUUACCAGCGGCUUCGAGACACAAUAUCACAAGGAAUAUAGCCCGCUGAGACCGAAGAAUGUGCCGCCGCCGGACAAGCGAAAUGCCUGGUAUCGCAGCGCUUCCACGAUCAUGAUGAUCAUAUUCCUGGCGCUCGUUUUUCUGCUGGGCACCGUGAUGCUGGUGGUAAUGGUAUUUACAGCCAGUCCACUGCAGGUGUUACUCAUUGUGUGCGUCUAUGUGGUCAUAGCGGCGCUGAUGAUCUGGAUUGAAGUGAACAGCAUUAAGGUGCGGUGAUUCAAGGAACACCACGUGCUGCUCCUACGCUCAGCGCCAGUGCAAUGAAUAUUCCCAUCUAUGUGAUUUUUGAAUGGUUUAGCAAAUUUCUCGGCUCCUAAAUGUUAUUUGAAAGUUAUCAUGAAAAUAGAAAAAAA